AUUUUUCUUGACCGGCGUGCAAGCAAAAAGCAAAUACGUCUGACGUCAGUGUACUAAUACGGGUGCAUUGCUGAUAAAACCCGAAAAUUCGGGCAAAAUGACGGCUCAUUUCAUGAAUGUUCUGCGGCAGGCCUUCAAGACAUUCGAUCGUGCUAACCACGCCAGCUUCAAUACCAAUUUGCAGCACCUCAAGCAGCUAACAGAUGAACUCACCUACCGUGAUCUUCACAUCAAGGAGGAGCUCUUUCGCCCCCACGCUGGGGCACCGUCCCCGUCCCACGCCCAGGGCCGUGCGCCCUGCAGCUACAUGCACAUCUUUGAAGACGAGCGCUUCUCGAUGAGCCUGUUCAUUGUGCGUGGCUCCAGUUCCAUUCCCCUGCACGACCAUCCCAUGAUGUUUGGCCUGCUUCGCUGUAUCUGGGGGAAGCUGCUGGUCCAGAGCUACACACAGCAGCUGGGGCCCGACGAGCCCCUGCACUACGACACGGAUCCCAUUGUGGUGAAGGUGAACGUCGAGGAGCCCUGCCUGGUAUCACCAGACACUCCCAGCGCCAUGGUCACACCACGCAAGCGAAACUAUCACCAUAUAACCGAGGCGGGCAACGGCGUGGCCGCCUUCUUCGAUAUACUCAGUCCACCCUACGACGCCGACAUGCCCAUGUAUGGCCCACGCAGCUGUCGCUUCUAUCGCCCCAAGUCGGAUGGGGGCCAAACGCAGCUACACUGCAUCCCCUCGCCAGCCACAUACUAUUGCGAUGUGGUGGACACGCCCAAGACCGUUUUGCAAUGUGCCUUCAAAUGCGCCGACGAAGACUAUGCCGAGAACGUCCCAGAGACGCAGUGAAGCCCCGCGUUGGGCUUACAGCAGCAGCAUCCCCCAGCCGACUCCAUCAUUUGUGGACUCCAGUCAAGCCCACAAGCGAGCAAGCAUUUUCUGUGUUAUUUAAAUAAAUUUGCCUCCUUUUUUUUAAAUUCAUUCCGGAA